UUGGACCACGUGACUGGAUAGUACACGUUAGGGCAGCCAUCGUUUUACCUAAUUCAUGUCCAACCCAAAAUGGGAAAGAGGUGGAAGGAUUGGAGAGGAUAGAACGAACAGCAAUGCAAUAGCUUGGGUAUUGUGUUUAAAUUGGAGAAAAAAAACUCGCUUUUCCAAUCCUCUCUGUAGGUUUUAUUGGUUGAAAACAAGAAGUUGCCAAGCCAAGGUGGGCUUGAACCAAGACCUGGCCUGAUCCUGUUACCUGGCAACCAGUGACAGGGCACCAAUCCUAGCCUCCUGAUUGGCUGUGACAGAAGCAGGCUGUAGAGGUGGUGAGGAGGGGGAAACCGAAAACAAACUACUUUGCUCACCCCCUUUUUUUGUUUCUUCUUUGUUUUGAAGGGGGGGGGGGAAGAGGAGCACUCGACAGAAGGAGGAGUGCUCUGUGGGCGCUCUAACUUCACAAAGGAGUAUGGGGCAGAGUGUUCCUGGAGGCAUAAAGACUAUUGACAUGAGGGACCCGGCAUUCAGGCCUCUGGAGCUGGCAGCUCUGGACCAUAACAAGCCCUCCAGGCUGGAUCUGCUGCUGGACAUGCCCCCUGCUGGACAGGAGGUCCAGAUGCAGCACUCGUGGAACAACAACGACCGAUCGCUCAACAUCUUCGUCAAGGACGACAACAAACUGGUCUUCCAUCGGCACCCCGUUGCUCAGAGCACAGAUGCCAUCCGGGCCUGUAUCGGCUACACCCGGGGGCUACACAUCUGGGAGAUCAGCUGGGCCAUGAGACAGCGGGGCACGCACGCCAUCGUCGGCGUGGCGACGGGAGAGGCGCCGCUUCAUUCCGUAGGCUACACGACCCUGGUGGGUAAUAACCACGAGUCCUGGGGCUGGGACCUGGGACGGAAUAGACUUCACCACGAUGGAAAGAAUCAGCCCAGUAAGAUGUACCCUGCGUUCCUGGAGCCGGAUGAGACGUUUAUAGUCCCCGAUUCAUUCCUGGUAGUGUUGGACAUGGACGAGGGGACUCUGAGCUAUAUUGUGGACGGACAAUACUUAGGGGUGGCUUUCAGGGGACUCAAGGGGAGGAAGCUGUACCCUGUCGUCAGUGCUGUGUGGGGGCACUGUGAAAUACGAAUCCGCUACAUCAAUGGACUCGAUCCUGAGCCUCUCCCUCUGAUGGACCUGUGUCGGCGCUCCGUGAGGGUAGCUCUGGGAAGAGAACGACUGAGUGAGAUCCAUGGUCUGCCUCUACCAGCCUCUCUCAAGAAUUACCUUCUCUACCAAUGACCCCCUCAGCACAACAUAGAGAACAUCUCUUAGAUCCGUGGACUGCCCCGUCUGUUGCCUCAAUACAUACACAGAACAUGUCUCUCUCUCUCCUCUGACUGCCCCGUCUGUUGCCUCAAUACAUACACAGAACAUGUCUCUCUCUCUCCUCUGACUGCCCCGUCUGUUGCCUCAAUACAUACACAGAACAUGUCUCUCUCUCUCCUCUGACUGCCCCGUCUGUUGCCUCAAUACAUACACAGAACAUGUCUCUCUCUCUCCUCUGACUGCCCCGUCUGUUGCCUCAAUACAUACACAGAACAUGUCUCUCUCUCUCUCCUCUGACUGCCCCGUCUGUUGCCUCAAUACAUACACAGAACAUGUCUCUCUCUCUCCUCUGACUGCCCCGUCUGUUGCCUCAAUACAUACACAGAACAUGUCUCUCUCUCUCCUCUGACUGCCCCGUCUGUUGCCUCAAUACAUACACAGAACAUGUCUCUCUCUCUCCUCUGACUGCCCCGUCUGUUGCCUCAAUACAUACACAGAACAUGUCUCUCUCUCUCCUCUGACUGCCCCGUCUGUUGCCUCAAUACAUACACAGAACAUGUCUCUCUCUCUCCUCUGACUGCCCCGUCUGUUGCCUCAAUACAUACACAGAACAUGUCUCUCUCUCUCUCCUCUGACUGCCCCGUCUGUUGCCUCAAUACAUACACAGAACAUGUCUCUCUCUCUCCUCUGACUGCCCCGUCUGUUGCCUCAAUACAUACACAGAACAUGUCUCUCUCUCUCCUCUGACUGCCCCGUCUGUUGCCUCAAUACAUACACAGAACAUCUCUCUCUCUCUCUCUCCUCUGACUGCCCCUUCUGUUGUCUCGAUACAUACACAGAACAUGUCUCUCUCUCUCUCUCCUCUGACUGCCCCGUCUGUUGCCUCAAUACAUACACAGAACAUCUCUCUCUCUCUCUCUCCUCUGACUGCCCCGUCUGUUGUCUCGAUACAUACACAGAACAUGUCUCUCUCUCUCUCUCCUCUGACUGCCCCGUCUGUUGCCUCAAUACAUACACAGAACAUGUCUCUCUCUCUCCUCUGACUGCCCCGUCUGUUGCCUCAAUACAUACACAGAACAUGUCUCUCUCCUCUGACUGCACUGUCUGUUGUCUCGAUACAUACACAGAACAUGUCUCUCUCUCUCUCUCUCUCUCUCUCCUCUGACUGCCCUGUCUGUUGUCUCUAUACAUACACAGAACAUGUCUCUCUCUCUCUCCUCUGACUGCCCUGUAUGUUGUCUCAAUACACACAGAAAACAUGUCUCUCCCUCUCUCUGUCUGUCUCUGGGAUUUUCCCCCUCAGAAGUGUAGCUCAACCAGUUCAACAACUCAACACAUCACUCCAGCCUCUCGGUUCGAGCUCUGACUCAUCCUUCCCAGCCCUCAGGGUUGGUUUGUACCAAUCACACCACAGAGUGAGAAGAAUAUCAUUGUGUGAUGCCUGGAGUGUUCAGGAAGCCGUAGAGACCAUGGUUGGUAAUGGGUCAAGUUUUUUUUUAAAUUUUCGUUCUAUAAUCCUGUUUAUGAUGGUUUACUUCAAUCAUAUACUGAGAUAUCCACGUCGAUGACGGGCAUGAUAUGCAGAGGGCUUUAUGCGUAUCUUUGCUGGUCCUGAGGGCUUUGAGAUGACUGCCAUAGUGGUACUACAAUAUGUCUUGUCUGACUGUGUGUUGAAGUGCAAUGAGUUUAACUGGUACCGUCAGUCUGUUGUGACCGCAACACCUCCUUAAUAGUGAUUUUUGACUUUCUCUCCUUUUCCGUUUUGUCAUCUUAAAUGAAAAUUCAAUCAAGUGAUUGAUUGCUGUCUGACAUGUCCUGUUGGCCCUCCACCUCUUCAGUUUGGUGGAGGGCCGUUGUGUGGUAUAACAGAUGGCUUUGUUGCAUGUUGAAAACUAUUUGUAAACAUUUUCCAAGCACAAGGUGGUGCCAUUUCUCAUCUUUACUUGUUCCUCCUCUUUUAGUGGUCCAUCAGGAAAUGGUACUCCUUUUUAUAUACUUGAGAGAGAUUUUAUGAGAUUUCCUUGGAAUGUUUUUAAUAAAGUUAGUUAGUGCUCACCUUCCACUCUCCAGUAGAUGAUGGUUGAUCUCAGCCCAGACGGUGUGUGCCUGGUGAUGGCCAUGCACUGACCACCUGCCAUAUUAUUGUGGUGUGUGAUAUAUACCACACAACAAUGACCACCUGUUACGAAGGUGGUGAUACAACUCCAUUACUCCUGGAAACACCAGCACUGCAGUUUGUCCUUCAAGGUGACCGUACACCUACCCCCAACCUUUUAAAGGGACAGUUCACCCAAAUUACCCCCCCCCCCCCCCCCCCCCCAUGAUAGUAUAAGCUGUCUGGACAAGGACGGAGUACAAUCCAAGCUUUGGGUUCGUUUACCUAGAAUCCCGUUAUCCAUAGACCUGCUUUCGGGGUAAAAAAUACAUUUUAAAAAGUAUAAUUUUAUUUGGGUGAACUCUGCUCUGCUGCGCUAUCAGGUUUUCUCCCUGCAAUAUUUGAAGCACCUGUUAAAUGUACCGAUGUCCCCAACAUAUUUUUAUUGACGAGCUUUAUGUAUAUAAAUGAUGACAUCGCUGUGAGAAUUUCUAACAUUCUAACUAGCAGACUGUUUUGUCAUUGGUCGCCAAGCCAUUCACUGUACAAUGUCCGUGACCAUAGUCUUCUCUCUGCUUCGGACCCAUGGACUCUUUCGUGUGUAUCAAGGACUUGUUUGGGUAUAAGGGAUGGUUAGGUAAUUCUGAAAUGUGUGGGGAUGUCAUUGGAAGGUGUGGGGUCUUUUUUAAUUUUUUUAAAACUAUUUUGAUUUAGUUGGAAAGCAUAUGUUCA